AUGCCAUCAGCUGAACGAUCAUCUACCUCUCCAGUCAAGAAGAGCUCAGCAGCUCCCGCGGCAGAAAAGAAGAAACCGGUCAAAAAGGAUGACAAACCAGCUGGAGCGGAUAUCAGAGGUUUCUUCUCACAACCUCCAGGAUCGUCUGCUGGAAGUACCUCCGCGAGGCCGGCUCCAGCAGCCAAGGGGACCGGGACUGGAAAGCGGCCGAUCACGAUAGAUGACAGUGACGACGAGCCGACCCUGGUUGCCUCCAAGCCGUCCGCGAAGGCUUCUUCUUCCAAGAACACUGAUGCUAAGCCCAUCAUACCUAAAAAGACGGCUGUAUCUCGUAUCAUCGACUCGGAAUCAGCCUCGCCUCCCCCGGCGAAAGCCAAAGCCAAGCCAGCUGCGGCACCGGCUAAAGCUGCGUCGAAGCCCUCGGCCAGCGCAUCAGCAUCCUCAUCGAAAGCAAAGGCGAACACGCCGGUCAAGAGGCGGAUGACUUCGGAGGACUCGGAAGAUGUGAAACCCGCCAAGAGGCAAUCGCUCGGGGCGUCCAAGGCAAAGGCGAAGAAGCCAAGCUACCAGGAGAGCUCGGACGAGGAAGAGGAGGAGGCGGAGUACAAGCCACAGAAGGCGACACCGGCGAGUAAGGCUGGAAGCAAGGGCAAGCGAGGCGCGACGCCCAUGGAGAUCGACGACGAAGACGAGGACGACUUCAUCGAAGACGACGAGCCCAAGAAGAAGGCGACAAAGGCGAAAGCUAAGCCGGCGCCCAAGAAGGCUGCCGCCAAAUCCGAUGCCCCCAAAAAGCCAGCCGUGAAGAAGGAGAAGAAGGCGGCCAAAAAGGAAGAUGGAGAGGACGACGAUAAGCCCAAAAAGCCCGCGUUUGACUGGAGAGCCGCAGCGGCAGCCAAACAGGCUGGACCGAAAAAUCCUGGCUCAAAGGACAUACCCGAGGGCAAGCCAGGCUGUUUGCAAGAUGUCGCCUUUGUUUUUACAGGCGAACUGGACAGUCUGGGUCGAGAUGAGGCGAUCGAGCUGGUCAAGCGGUGCUCUGGACGCGUGACUGGAGCUCCAUCGGGCAAGACAAAAUACAUCGUCGUUGGCGAGAACGCUGGCGCAUCCAAAUUGAAAUACAUCGAAGAAAACAAGGAAAAGGCAUUGAACGAGGAUCAAUUCCUGGAGCUCAUUCGGAGUGCCAGUGAGGGGAAGGUGAAGGCCGAGGAUACCUUCACGGACAAGGAGAUCGCAGCGGCAGCGAAGGCAAAGGUCAAUGAGGAGAAGAAGAUUCAGGCUCAGGUGAGGGAGCUCGAAGUGAGGGAGAAGGAGGCAGAGCAAUUGGCAAAGAGGAAGGCAAGGGCGAUGGCGGAUGCGGGUGUUGCGGCCAAAAAAGUGACAUCGUCCUCGUCUCAGCUCUGGACGACGAGGUAUGCGCCCCAGAACGUCAAGGAGAUAUGCGGCAACAAGACGCAGGUCGAUCGUAUUUUGGUUUGGCUGGAGGCAUGGGAGGCCAACUUCAAGUCAGGCUUCAAGAAGCCUGGCAAAGACGGUAUGGGAAUCUACCGCGCUCUUCUCAUCUCCGGACCGCCCGGUAUCGGCAAGACCACCAGCGCGCACUUGAUGGCCAAAAUGGCGGGAUAUAGCCCCAUCGAGCUGAAUGCGAGUGAUGCCAGAAGCAAGAAGCUGGUCGAAAACUCAACAAAUAUCGAUAACACCAGUCUCGACGGCUUCUUCGCCGGCAAGGGCAUCGGUUCAACGAUGGUGGCGGAUGUUCGGAUAGGCUCCAAGACUUGUCUGAUCAUGGACGAGGUGGACGGCAUGUCUGCUGGUGAUCGAGGAGGUGUCGGAGCCUUGAAUGUCCUGAUCAAGAAGACCAGAAUACCUCUCAUCCUCAUCUGUAAUGACCGGACAUUGCAAAAGAUGAAGCCACUGCAGAGCACAACGUUCAAUAUGUCCUUCAGACGACCUCAGCCGAAUGAGAUCCGAUCACGUAUCAUGUCGAUCCUCUUUAAGGAGAAGAUGAAAGUCCCGCCCAACGUCGUCGAUGAACUCAUCAAGGGCGCCAAUUCGGACAUCCGGCAGGUACUGAAUAUGCUUUCAACGUUCAAGCUGGCCAAGGCCGAAAUGAACUUUGACGAGGGCAAGCAUCUCGCCAAGGUCAACGAGAAGAAUACGAUCUUGACUCCCUUCACCAUCAUCGACAAGCUCACCGGGCCGUACUCGUUCUCCAAGACCAAUCGGGAAUCGCUCAAUGAUAAGUCGGACUUGUACUUCCAGGACUUCUCGUUCGUCCCGCUGUUCAUGCAGGAGCACUACCUCAAGACCAAUCCAUCGGCCGUGAAUGGCUACGGCGAGAAGGAGAGGGACCAGAAGCAUCUGGAGCUGGUCAGCAAAGCCGCAGACAGCAUCUCGGAUGGUGACCUUAUUGAUCGGAUGAUACAUGGGUCCGAGCAGCACUGGUCAUUGCUUCCUGUUCAUGCUAUCGCGUCUACCGUCGCGCCUGCUUUCCACGUCUUCGGGACCGGUCGGAAUACCGGUGGCGGUGGUUGGGGCGGACCAUCUUUCCCUCAGUGGCUCGGUCAGAACUCGAAGCAAGGCAAACUUGGUCGGCAACUCACCGACAUCCAAAUUCGGAUGCGACUGCGUGUUUCGGGCGGUCGGCAGGAGAUCAGGGAGCAGUACAUGCCAAUGCUGGCGAGCAAGAUCGUUCUUCCGCUGAAGGAGCGCGGAGCGGAUGCUAUCGAGGAGACCAUUGCUUACAUGGACGAGUAUUACCUUGGGAAGGAUGAUUGGGAUGCUUUCGUUGAGCUGGGGGUGGGAGAGAUGAAUGGCGAGGCGAUCAUGAAAAAGAUCGCUACUGCGACCAAGUCGGCCUUCACGAGGCAAUACAACAAGGCCGACCACCCGAUCGCUUUCCACAAGGGUGACAUGUUCGCCGCGUCCAAGAAGAAGAUCGCAGAUCAGGGACCCGCGCCGGACAACGAUGAGGUGUUUGAGGACGAAGUGGCGCCUGAGGAUGAGCCAGACGGGAAGGGAGAUAGCGAUGGGGAGAAUGAUGUGACGAAGGAUAAGCUCAUCAAGGCCGUCAAACCCAAGGGGAAGAAGGCAGAUGGGGCGGCUCCGAAGAAGGCUGCCACAAAGAAGAAGUAG